CGUCGGCUGCUGCGGCGACUCCUCGCCAGUCGUUUGCGCCAUGGAGAAGUGGCGUCUUCAACCUCGAUCUACUCCGAUUCGCGCGAUCUCGGCCUCUGGCGGCUCUGGUCGCUGGAUCUCGGCGUCGGGUGCGCGGAUCUGGGUGCGUGGGGGCGGAUCCGGGGGAAACCCCCUGGCCGGUGCGGCGGCCACACCGAAGGCGGCGCCUUUGUGCGUCGUUUCCCUUGCUGGAGGCUUCGGUGGGAUUCCUCUUCCUUCCACCCCGCCCAAGAGCUCAGAUAGUGGCAAUGGUAGUAGAAUAAUCGUAACUACACGAGUGGAAGAUGUGGCUUGCUGGGCAUGUCACAAUCGCCAGCAGUGCAUUUACAAAAUGAAGCCUCUCAACGACCAAGACUCAAAAAGGUUAUUCUUUAGUAGAGUGUUUGGGCCUGAGCAUGUCUCUCCAUCCCAAUAUGAAGAAGUUUCAACUGAAAUUUUGAAGAGGUGUGGUGGACUGCCCCUCGCUGUUAUUACAAUAGGCGGCAUAUUAGCUAGUCGUCCAGGAAUAUUAAGGCAGGAUUGGGAGAACAUAAGGAGUUACUUGGGAGUUCAAUCUGCCACAGACCUCACCAUGGAAGGAAUGAGGCGUAUAUUAAACCUUAGCUACAUGCAUCUUCCUGUUCAUCUUCGGGCAUGUUGCUUACGUCUUGGUAUGCAUCCAGAGGACUACGAGAUCAUGAGGGAUGAUCUUGUUCGACAAUGGAUAGCUGAAGGCCUUGUGCGCAGUUUACCUGGGCUAGAUUUGGAGGAUGUUGCAAGGAGUUAUUUCAAUGAGCUUAUCAACAGAAGCUUGAUUCAGCCUGAACGGACAGUCGCUGGGGAUGUGAUUUCUUGCAAAGUGCAUGAUGUGAUUCCUGAUGUUAUUAUAAGCAAAUGUCAAGAAGAAAAUUUCAUGAGUGUGGUAUACAAUUCUGAAGACAUGGCAAGAUUGCAUGAAUGCAAGCCCAAGGUCUGCCGAUUGUUCUUUUGCUCGAGUUCUAAUGAUGCCACAAAUGGUACAAUAUCAAGGGCUACUGGUCUGUCGAAGGUUAGAUCGAUUAUGUCAUUCGGAGGGUCCAAGUACUUGAAUUCUUUAUUGUUUUCCAAAUAUCUCCGGGUGCUGCUCAUUGAAAACUGGGGUAUCACAGUUGAUCUCAGUGAUAUCAACCGCUUGUUUCAUCUGAGAUAUUUGAAGGUUACAGCAGGAAACAUAAAGCUUCCGUCUGAAUUGAAAGGACUAGUGCAUUUGGAAACACUGGAACUGACUUCUGAUUCAAUUCCGUCUGAUGUAGUUCAGUUGCCCCGUUUAUCCCAUCUGACUGCUCUAUGUCAUAGGCUGCCUGAAGGGAUCGGCAACUUGAAAUUACUGCGAACUCUGAAUGGGUUUCAGUUGACAGGUUGCUCCUCAGAGGAUAUCAAGGGCCUGGGCGAGCUAACCAAUUUGCGGGAGCUCUUUUUCGUCAUAGAAGAUACAACUGAAAUUGAUGAUGCUUUGGUCUCCUCCAUUGAAAAACUUCGUAAGCUGAGACAUCUCAGGUUUUCUCAUAACUGGUAUCUUGACAAUGACAGUCUGUCAUCAUUAUCCAAUCCUCCCCUCCUCAUCGAGACACUUCGGAUGAAAGGUAUCAUCACCUUCAGAAUUCCAAGAUGGAUUGGUGAUCUCCAUUGUCUCCAUCAUCUGGAGCUGUAUGUUAGGCAGACAUCGACUGAUGACAUUGGUCUUCUUGGAGAGCUGCCCUCCCUGAUGGAAUUCAAAUUAUGUUUGUUGCAUUUUGCUGCAAAUGGAGCUAUCAUAGUCCGCACAGGAUUAUUUCCAGCUUUGGAGUACUUUCAGACAUACUUUCAAGACGAAGAUCAUGAGCUACACUCUGCACAAGACGAUGUUAUGGCACACCUGUGCUUCGAGGUCGGGUCAAUGCCCAAGCUACAAAGACUCGAGCUACAUUUAUGGGAGGGGCACUGGGGCGGCGCUACCCCAGUCGGCAUAGAGCACCUGUUAGCUCUCCAGCAAAUCAAGUUGGGGUUCGCGUAUUGCGGCGACAGCGAUAUCAAUGAAGUGGACCGUCGUGCCGAGUCUGCGUUCAGGGACGCCUUGCAGGCGCACCCGAACCGUCACUCCAUUCGAUUCAAUUAGCAGCAAGAGCAGGCCGCAAUUAGUCUUUCGAUCGUCUUUUUUCCAUAGUAUUCAGUAUUAUUUUUCUUGCCGUUGGCUUUCUUGUAACCAUGUACACUCUUGAUGGGCACGGUGUAGGAGUUGUUUUCACACAUCCCUUUGUUCAUUUAUUUAUUCACUCCGUUAGUGCAGUGCCAAUCGAGCUAUGAGUUAUUUGGCCAAAUCAUAUACAGCGAUCUUAAGUUUCUUUUACUACCACUUUUA